AUGUUCCCACCAGUGCCGUCUCUUGUGCCUGUGAUCACUCCAGUGACGCCAACCGUUGCUGCAGUCACGAAGAUUGCGAUUUCCCGGGUCCGUUUGGACGAUUCUUGGGGUGCUCACCUUGAGAGGAGGCUUAGUGCUGCCAUACAAAAGUGGGUUGCUUUAGUGGUUGAGGAUCCUUUGUCUUUUGACGUCGGUAGGCGGUGUGCUGCUUUCGUGGGAAAUGACGAGGCGAUUUCUCAGGGCCUUCUGCACACUUUUUCCGGCAAAUCGGCAGGUACCUUGCACAGCCGUGCUGGGCCUCUCAUCAGGUUUGUUGCCUGGGCCAAGGCUCGCCAGUGCAAGCCCUUACCCUUCAGCGAGGCGCUUUUGUAUGAUUUUCUGCUUGAAUCCGAGAGCACUUGUGCGCCGUCAUUCGGAAAGGCGUUGAUGUCUGCACUUGCAUUUUGCAAAUUUGUGCUGGGCGUUGAGAAUGUUUCUGAUGUUCUGAGCAGUGGUCGGUUUGGGGGCUUGGCUCGUUCGAUGUUCCUGAACAAAAGGAAGCGACGGCAGAAGCCACCCCUCACCGUUGACAUGGUGAAGGCCCUUGAGAGAUUGGUGAUCUCCGAACGUGAAGGAGAUAUCGACAGGCUGUGUGCGGGGUUCUUCCUCGUUUGUGUUUUCCUUCGAGCAAGGUAUAGCGAUGCCCAAGGUCUGAAGAAUCUUGCAAUCGAUGACAAAGACGAGUUUCUCGCUGGAAAGGAAGACGGCUCUGCUCCCGAUGGUCUCCGCGAGGACAUGGGCAUCCCUGAAGGCGAGGACUUUCCUUUGCUGCCGCACGCAAGCUCGGGACUCACAGCUGCAAAUGCACGUGUCUUUCUUGGCUGUCGAAGCACGGAGUUGAUCCUCUGCAUCGGCGUGUUUUGGGGUAUCACAAGGUCGCUGGAGGCUGUCAUCCAGGACAUCAGACAAGGCCUGUUUUUGCCGGAUGUCACGCGGUCGGGUUACUUCCCGACCCAGCCGCAGAGGGAGCCUGGGCCUGAGUUCGUUGAGGAGCCAUCGGAAUCCGAAGUUUCGCUCGAUGAAGAGGACAAUGUGCAAGACUUGAGAGCAGAGGAAGCGGCCGCUGAUCAGGUUGUUAACCGGGGCACGCGGUUUUGGAUGGAAGUCAACCAUGACUUGAAAAUGUGGCUGUACGGACCAUUCGCCAUGGCCAUCACCGAGAGCAAGGCAAACUUUUCUUCCAGGGCGACGGCCUUGGGGUUGGCCGCUGACGUUUUGAAGAAGUUCACUGAUGCCGGCAUUGAUUGCAUGAGCAAAUUUGCCUUCAUUAGUGCGUUCGUGCCCGGCAACACUGACGAGUCCCCUUUUACCGAUGCAGUUGCUGGUGUGUUGGGGCGCGCUGCUAAUGUGGCAGAGUUGAGCGUGCUGCGCAGGCUUCUUCAUGAGAGCUACAACCUCACUGUCUCAGAGCUUCAGGUGCAGGUUGAACGAACGGAAGAUUCUGCUCCGAGGCGGUUGGCGGCUCCCGAUCGAGCCGAUAGGCUUCAGCGGCAACAAGUCAGGCUUGCUGGCUUGAACAUCCAUGGCCCUACUCUCCCGGGUCAUUCGGUCAUCGAUCGUUGUGUUCAGAUGUAUGAGGAUAAUUCUCUUUCAUACCUACCUUUGCAGUCUUGUCCCUGCCGGGAUGAUGAAGUGAAGUUCAAGAAGGACCGGGAUGACAAGAUGCUUGCUGUGGAUGGCACGGGGCACGUGUCUCUUAGGUCGCAAGCCGUGAAAGUGGAGGCCGAUGUGUCCACUGACCUUUUGCUUAAGCAUGCACUUACACGUCGUGGGCUUGCGCUGGACCAAGCUGGCAUUCUGAGCUUUGCGGAGCAUGAGCGUUGGUCUGAGGCGUUGUUUCAGGCUCGAUUUCGGGAUCCGCCCGACCAGUAUGCCCGUGUCACGCUCCAGCAACUCAUCCAGGCGGACAGGCAGGUUUUUGUUGAAGCAGCUGAUCGGACCCGCCAGGGGAUUCAGGUGGUGGCUUCCGGACGACCGGUCGAUCGCAUUUGGAGUGACGCCAUGUCUUGCAACAAUGUCACUCACCUGCUGCAACCCUUGCCCUUGCCUCCGCCAGCUCCUUUGCAUCCACGGCCUGGGCCCUAUGAUGACCGCAGGGGUUUGAAGGGUCGCGGUAGGGGUAAAGGGAAAGGUAAAGGCAAGGGAAAUGUUCGUAUGCCUGCUGAGCUGUCCGAUGGGGUGCCGGUCACCACCCGGGGCUUGCCCAUCUGCUUCGACCACAACUUGGGGCGGUGUCAGCGUACCGUCACUAGUGGCAAGUGCGAUCGUGGUCUUCACAUUUGUUGCAUCAAAGGCUCUGAGGCGCAGGUCCACGUGACUGAUGAUAAAGAUGUAGCACAGCUUGGUGAGGAGCUUGUGCUCUCUUCUUCCGAUGAUGAGAUCCCUGAAGGGGAGUCAUCACCGAAACAUGUCCCGUGCUCGGCCUCAGUUCCGCCUCAGCCGCUUUCCAGCAACCCCGAAGCUUUUGCGUCUCAGCUGCUCAAGAAGCCGUGGCUUGAGGCGAGCGAUGUUUUGCAGCUUUUUGAGAUGUUGCCAAUGGCCGCGCCCCAGCGUGGAACUGAGGGCAAGGCCUUUGCUACCGGAGCGUUCGCUCGGGUCAAGGUUGGGUUGCGUACUAAUGUUGCUGUUUUCCCUCAGGCGUCCCGCGUCUUUGCAUCGUUCGUGCGCCAAUCUGCCCCAGGGCAUAAGUUCACUUCAGUUGUGGUUUUUGAAGGGGUUCGCACUAAACCCCACCGUGAUCAGCAGAAUUCUUGUGUGCCCAAUUUGGUGGUUCCUUUGUCGAGUUUCGAGAAGGGUGAAAUCUGGGUGGCCACUGACUCUGGCACUGUCUCUCGACAGGUCAAUGGCCAGCAGCAGAAGGGAGUUCUCUUGCCCGUGGGAGCCGGGCCCGUGCUCUUUGAUGCGCGUCGUGCUCUGCAUCUCACUGAGCCUUGGAAAGGCCGCCGUGUGGUCUUAGUGGCCUUUUCUAUCGGUGCAUUUUCGAGGCUGUCCGCCGAGGCUUCUGCCCGCUUGUCUGCCCUGCAGUUUAACUUGCCAGACCAGCCCGAUGCUGUUGCGUUCCAAGAGCGCCCGCAAUUGCCGGUGCGUCUUCCCUGGCCGCCUCGAUUGCCCAUCCUUGCAUCUGUGCCUUCGGUUCCCGACAUUCCUAAGCCGACUGCUGGUGAGCCCUUGUUCUUAGAGCUAUGUGCUGGUACUGCCAUGUUGUCGCGCUGCUUUCAUGAGGUCGGCGUCCCGGUCAUGCCCAUUGACCACCAACACAAUCGGCACCUUCCGUUGGCUAAGGUGUGUAACCUCAGCCUCACUGAGGAUUCGACCUGGGACUUCCUAAGACACUUGAUUGACACUUGCGACAUCCUGUUUGUGCAUGCCGCUCCACCGUGCGGCACAUGCUCUAUGGCCCGGCAUAUCCGGCGCAAGGGUGUGUCUGCUGGCCCUCUUCGUUCAGAGCAGUUCCCUAUGGGCUUGCCGUCCCUGAACGGCGUCGACCGGGCAAAGGUCGAGGCAGCCAACCAGAUUUACACUAAGCUGGGUCUUUUCCUGCAGGACUUGAGUCGUCGUGCUAUUCCUUGGUCUGUCGAGAAUCCUGAGUCGAGUAUGCUCUGGCAGCUGCCCUGUUUUCAGCCCUUGGUGAAGGACAACCAUGUCUUCUCCUUCGACAUGUGUUGUUAUGGGGGGUCCCGUCUGACCCACAGGUCUUUGCUCACUUCGUGCUUUGGGCUACGCCAUUUUCGCCAGCGGUGUUCCGGGGGGCAUGAACAUUUGCCGUGGACACCAAAGGUUGCCCCAGGUGGAAAGGUGCACUUCCCUACGGCAGACGAGGCGGCAUAUCCGCGCCCGUUCUGCGUGCAAUUUGUGGCGCUCGUUUUCCGCCACCUUGGGCGGCCCCUGCCUGCCGCGCCUGCCCCUCAGGUGUCAGCCCAGGCGUCUGCCUCUUCAGCUCGCCAGCCCCGUGGGCGUCGUAUUCCUCCUGUCAUGCCUGAGUUCAAGCGUGUGCUCGUGUAUCAGGUUGCUGCGUUGCCCCAGGUGGAUCACAAGCGUCGCUUGCUGCAACCUUUGCGGGAUGCCCCGGCGGGCUCCAAGCUUAUCUCCUCGACGUCGUUGCUCUCUGAAGUGGGGUUGAGUAGCGCCUCGGAGACAACGGUUCAGGCAGAUGCCCUAGUCGUCGAUUCGAGCUCGUCUGAGUCAGGUGACACUGUGUCUCCAGUGGGUCCGGAUGACCAGGCCAGUGCGUGUUUUGAAGUGUCGCUGGGUGUGUAUGCUUCCCCCGAAGAAUUUGUGGAAGAAUGCCUGAACGUUGAGCAUCCCUUUGAUCAGCUGCAUGCUGCGCCUGAUGUGCUCAAACAGUGCCUUUUUGACAUGCUGACCAAAGGGCCUGCUUGGGUAGUGGAUCGUAGGGCGAAGCUGCUCAAGAAGUGGACCCAGUGGGCUCGCGACCUUGAGGCCGAGGAAGCUGGUCUUCGCAAGUCGUUAGACCCUGAGGUUGCUAAGGUGUUGCAAGGCAAAAGGCUCCUGCUUCUUGAGAAGAUUGCGUCGUCAAUCGGCUGGGUUGACAUGGGCGUUUUCGCUGAGCUUAGGAAGGGCUUUGAUUUGGUGGGGCAUGCAAAGCACACGGGAGUUUUCGCGCUUGAGCCCAGGCCUCCGAAGCUUCCUAAGGAUGACUUUCUUGCUGCCACAAAAUUUCUUAGGCCAGCCCUACUGGGUAAGGUAAAAUCGUCUUCCGUGGAUCGCAAUGCGCGUGAGCUGUGGGAAAAGACGAUGCAGGAGGUGGAGAGUGGUAUGUUGGAGGGACCUCUGUCGUCGCAGCAGCUGGACGAUAGGCAUCCCUCUGGCUGGUUGCCCACUCGGCGUUUCGGGGUGGAGCAGACUUCUGCUGCCGGGCGCAAGCUGCGGCCUGUUGAUGAUUUCACCGAGAACAAGGUGAAUCUUGCCUUUGGGUCUAUGGAUAAGCUGGACUUGAAUGCGCUUGAUCAACUUAUCUGCACCUGCCGCAUUUGGGCAAGGGCCAUGUGUGGGGGGCAUGAUUGUGAGCUCGUGCUUUCCUCGGGGCUUGUGCUCAAGGGCCGUGUGCAUCCUGGUUGGAAGAAGGCAGGGCAUCAGCCGCUUCUGACCACGCUUGAUCUUCGAGCUGCCUACAAGCAGUUCGCAGUGUCGGCCGACUCGCGAGCUUGGGCAGUUAUCGCUUUGCUUAACCCUGAUACGCUGGUGCCGGGCCUUUUCGAGUCGAAGGCGUUGCCUUUUGGCAGCGCGGCCUCGGUGCUGCAUUUCAACCGUCUCUCGAGAUUGUCGUGGAGGUUGGGGGUUGAGCUUUUGAUCCCAUGGGGAAACUUUUUCGACGACUUCCCUGCAAUGUCACCGAGUGCCAUUUCAGACAAUACCAUGAGUACAAUGACUGCCUUGUGUUCCCUUCUCGGGUUCGCCUUUGCUGACGACAAGCUUAGCCCCUUCCAGCCUGCUGCCACCAUGUUGGGGGUUGAGGUUGAUUGUUCAAGGUGUGAUGAGGGUUUGGUGCUCGUAAGGAACAAGCCUGGUCGUGCUGAGGAACUCGUCGUGUCUCUUGAAGAGUUUCUGCGCGAGGGAGUGAUCUCUCGAAAGCGUUACCUCAGUCUCAUGGGUCGGCUCCACUACACUGAUUCAUACAUACUUGGCAAGUCGGGCCGUUUGAUCAUGGCGGACAUUCGCUCGUGGGCAAAGGGGCAUUGUUCCGAUGAAUUGGUCUUGGACGAUGCAGCACGGGAAUCGCUGCGUCUGUUCAUUGCGCGUCUCCGUGCUUGUGAGCCUCGCCAGGUGCCUUGUGGAGUGGCAAGCCAUGUUGUGCACGUCUUCACGGAUGGCGCCAGUGAGGGUGAGGUGCACUCGAUUGGUGGGGUCCUUGUAGUGCAAGGUAGGCUGCAUUCGUGCUUUGGGUCACUUGUUCCCGAUCACUUGAUCAGCAAAUGGACCUCCACGAUGCGACACAUUAUCGGGCCGGUUGAAUCAUAUGCAGUUGCCGUGGCAAGGCGAGUCUGGCACCAGUUCAUUGCUUCGCAGCGCGCUUUGUUUUUCAUCGAUAAUGCGCAGGCACAAGACUCCUACAUAAAGGGCACCUCUGCCAACCCUCACGUGCGGGAAAUCCUCCUUUCUUUCGAGGAGUCGGAGAAGCUUUCCCCUUCCUGGACGUGGUUCGCCCGUGUGGCGAGUCCAAGCAAUGUCGCAGACGAGCCGUCACGUGCUGCCUUCGAGUUUCUGCAUAAGGCUCAAUGUCGCAGGGUCACUCCCUCGUGUCCCAUAAGUGGUUUUGACCUUGUGGAUCUUGGCGCCCUUGGAAAAAUUUGA